AUGGCAAGAGGUUCUUCUGAGUAUUCUAAAAGUGUUCGCGGGCUUAAUGCCGAUGGCCUUGUCUCAUUUUUUCCGAAGAAUAUAGUUAUGACUAUCAAAAAGCCCAGAAUUCUUUACGUUCCUUGUGACCAAGAAGUACAUGAUGACCAAGCAUGGAAAACUGUCUAUGAAAACUUUGAGAUAGUGGUGUACGACUUCGAUACCAUUGAAGAUUAUAUGAAUGAGCUCAAAAAACCAGAUCACGGCAAAAUUGGUUUCAUAGAUGCUGUAUUUCGCCCUACCUGGCUUAAAGGUUCUCCUUACCUUGAACAUUACAUUCUCCGUGGUGAGCCUGUACGAUUAUUACCCAAAUCUGUUAAGUUAUGUGUUCAGUCGGGACAUGGUUAUGAUAUUGUAGACAUUGACUAUUUGUCUUCAAGAAACAUAAUAUUUUGCAACUCACCCGAUUGUUGUUCCAGGGCUACGGCCGAUGUCGGUACUCUAUUGGUUUUGAACUCCUUUAGAUAUGCCUCUUUUGCUGAAAAUUGUGUUAGAACUAGAAAUUAUUAUGCUUCCAUGGACUUUUCAACGUUGGCUGAUGAUCCUGAAGGUCAUACUUUGGGAAUCAUAGGGUUGGGUGACAUCGGUAAGUUGGUAGCCAAAUCAUGUCAGUCAUUUGGAAUGAAGACAAUUUAUCACAACCGAACUCAAAGAAGAGAACUUGAAGCCGAAUUUCCUGAAGAUUCUAUGGUAUUCUACCCUGAUUUUGAUGAAUUUUUGGCACACACUGAUUGUAUUCUUGUGAUGUGCCCUUACACUGAAAAGACAAAACACAUGAUCAGCUUUGAUACUUUCAAAAGAAUGAAGAUACAAGUGAGAAUUGUCAACAUAGCUAGAGGUCCAAUUGUUCAAGAAGAAGCCAUAAUAGAUGCUUUAGAAAGGGGCCAACUUGUCGGUGGUGGAUUUGAUGUUCAUGAAUUUGAACCCAAGAUACAUGAGAAGUUAUUGAGUGAUUGGAGAAUUACUCUCUUGCCGCACUGGGGUGCUGUCAGUAGAGCUUCUUGGAAAAAAUUUGAAAGAAAUUGUGUCCAAAAUAUGAUGGAUUACUUCUAUGGGGAUGGUAAGCCUAAGACUGCUGUUAAUAAACAGUUGUUUGAAUAG